AUGGGCAAGACCUGGGCACCUCAAGUGGAGAUUCAAGCCAUGAUUCCCACAAGAGAAAGUGGCCUCCAGUUGCGCCAGCGGAGCGGUUUGAACUUUAUUGAUUUGAUGGUGCGACAGGGGAAUAUCGACAACCCUCCUAAGACACCACUUGUUCCUGGGUUUGAAUGCUCUGGAAUUGUAGAAGCUCUUGGAGACAGCGUGAAAGGAUUUGAGAUUGGAGACAGAGUCAUGGCUUUUGUGAACUACAAUGCAUGGGCUGAAGUAGUAUGUACCCCAGUAGAAUUUGUCUACAAGAUCCCAGAUGACAUGAGUUUUUCUGAAGCUGCUGCGUUUCCCAUGAACUUUGUAACUGCCUACAUGAUGCUCUUUGAAGUUGCGAACCUAAGAGAAGGCAUGUCUGUGCUGGUACACUCGGCAGGAGGUGGGGUGGGUCAAGCUGUUGCUCAGCUCUGUUCAACUGUUCCCAAUGUUACUGUUUUUGGAACAGCUUCAUCUUUCAAACAUGAAGCAAUCAAAGACUCAGUAACUCACCUGUUUGACAGAAAUGCAGACUAUGUUCAAGAAGUAAAAAGAAUCUCGACAGAUGGAGUAGAUAUUGUUUUGGACUGUCUUUGUGGAGAAAAUACUGGGAAGGGGCUCAGUCUUCUCAAACCACUUGGAACUUACAUUUUAUAUGGUUCAUCUAACAUGGUUACUGGGGAGACAAAAAGCUUCUUCAGUUUUGCAAAAUCAUGGUGGCAGGUUGAGAAAGUAAAUCCCAUCAAGCUGUAUGAGGAGAACAAAGUCAUUGCUGGAUUUUCUCUGUUGAACCUACUUUUCAAACAGAAUCGAGGUGGCCUGGUCAAGGCUGUGAUGGACAAACUCCUCAAUCUAUAUACCAAUAAGAAGAUCAAGCCUGUGGUUGAUUCUUUAUGGGCUUUGGAAGAGGUGAAGGAGGCCAUGCAGAGAAUCCAUGACCGAGGAAAUAUAGGAAAGCUAAUCCUGGAUGUGGAGAAAGCCCCCACUCCCCUGAUGGCCAACGACAGCACAGAGACAAGUGAGGCUGGAGAAGAGGAAGAAGACCAUGAAGGGGACAAUGAGAAUAAAGAGCGCAUGCCAUUCAUCCAGUAACAGCCAGAGGUGGUGGAAGCAGAAAGAUUGAUGAAGUAGAAGGGAACAAGACUGGAAAAUCUAUUCUGUGCAUCAGUGAACAAAUGCUGUAGUACAGUGUGUGUUGUAUUUGUCUGCAGUCAGCUGAGCUAUGAGCUGUUGAUCAUUGUUGUUUUGAACUCAAGUGCCAUUCUCACCCAGUGCAGUAUUAUGACAUUCCUGUGUAAUACCCAGUUUCCCUGUAGGAGUCACAUGGAUUUUUCUUUUCCGGUUUAAAAGCCUUAUUAACUUACUGUGUAAUUUUAGAUGGGCAUCUUUCUCAAGCAAAUUCCAACAUUUUGCAUGAAGUUAUUUGGGGAGUUUGGGCUUUCUUUGCAAGUUGGAAACAGUAACAAAAAAAAUCCCCACUUGCUGUCUGGAAGAUUCUAGUAACUGGAGGAGGAUUUUAAGUUUGUGGAUUUUCAGUGUUAAAAUAGUUUUCCUUUUAUGAACCACAGAUAAAAGUUGCAA